GACUGUUGUUUUUGCUUGCAAACUGCUGCUGACUGCGGUUGCCCCGUCAAUCUCACCUGUGCUUUAUUCUGGUCCGAAAUAUAUAUAUAGAAAAUGUAAGGUGUCGUCAGGCGGUCCGAUAGUGCCUUGGCCAUUCCAACUACAGUUAUCUUCCCCCACUGCAUUGGCCAAGUGCAGUACUCCCUGUUCUCCCAAGCUUUCUUCGGCAUGGGGUUUUGGAUUUUGAGUGCCCCAUAAGAGAUGGCCUAAGAAGUCAACUAUACAAAAGAAAUGAAGAAACACACAGACACAGUUGGAGAAUAUAUUAAUACUGGUUGGCAGAGAAUAUAUAACUAACAUAUUCUGCCUCUGUAAAAAAGUGCCGAUCGCGACAGAACAGUCAAGCGACGAGAAGACUAAUUUUUCUUGCAAACUGUGACUCCUGUCCGGCCCAGCUUAUCUUACCGUCAUUCUGUCAAUCUCAGCUCUUUAUGCAGGCCCGUAAACGACCAAAACGAUGUUUGGAAUAAGCUCGUUGGCGCCUAGCUAGGUAACCUAGCAUUUGCAGCCCCUCCACUCAACUCAAGGCGUCAACCAAAAAGUAUCUUCAGUUAUCUUCACCCACUGCAUUGGCCAACUGCUGCAGAGUGUUGGACAAGAGGAAAGGUGUACGCUCCCAAGCUCUCUCUCGCCGAGCCGCGCGCGUCCCCAGCCAUGGCCUCCGGCCGCGACCACAGAGAGCACGCGGUGCCUCUGCUCGCCCACCCUCCCGCCGAGACGACGGAAGCAUACACCACGGACGGGUCUCUAGAUUUCGACGGGAACCGUGCGCUGAAGCAUCGCACGGGCGGAUGGCGCGCGUGCCGCUCAGUUCUCGGCACCGAGUUCUGCUACUGCCUGGCCUUCUACGCCAUCUCGUACAACCUGGUCACUUACCUCACCGGCGUCCUGGGCCAGAGCAACGUAGACGCGGCCAGGAGCGUGUCCACGUGGCAGGCCACCUGCUUCCUCACGCCGCUCGCCGGCGCCGUCGUCGCCGACUCCUACUGGGGACGGUACCGCACCAUGGUCGUCUCCUGCUCCGUCGGCGUCGCGGGCAUGCUGAUGACGGCGCUCUCGGCGUACCUGCCGCUGCUGGCCCAGAUGAACGGCGGUGCGUGGUUCAGAGGCCUGAUCGCGACGUCAAACAUGGCGUCGGCCCAGGGCCUGGUCCUGUUCCUGGGCCUCUACAUGAUCGCGUUCGGGCUGGGCGGGCUCCGGCCCUGCCUGAUGUCCUUCGGCGCCGACCAGUUCGACGACGGCGACCCGGCGGAGCGCGCCACCAAGGGCUCCUACUUCAACGGGUACGUCUUCACCAUGCACUGCGCGUCCGCGCUCUCCAGCACCGCGCUCGUCUGGGUCGAGGACCACUACGGCUGGGCCCUGGGCCUGACGAUCCCGGCGGCCGUCCUCGCUGUUGGGCUCUCCUGUCUCGUCGCCGCGUCACGGAACUACAGGUUCCAGCGGACACGUGGCAGCCCUCUCACUAGUGUCUGCCAGGUCGUCGUCGCCGCCGUCAGGAAGUUCGACAUCGAGCCGCCGGCCGAUUGCUCUCUCCUCCACGAGCUGCCGGAGGAUGACUCCGGCAUGAAAGGAGUUCAGACUCAGAGGAUCGAACACACCAGUGAUCUCCGAUUCUUUGACAAGGCCGCCAUUGUGGCGGCAUCGGACAAGGAGGCAGGACUCGCGCCGGCGCCUCGCAGCCCGUGGAGGCUCUGCGCCGUGACGCAGGUGGAGGAGCUGAAGAUCCUCGUGAGGAUGCUGCCGCUGUGGGCGACCGUGGUCUUCUUCUACGCCGUGUCGACGCAUGUCACGUCCACGUUCGUGGAGCAAGGCAUGGCAAUGGACGCCGCCGUGGGCUCCCUCCGUGUCCCGCCGGCCUCGCUGUCCUUCUUCGACAUCCUGACGGUCAUCGUCCUGGUCCCGCUCUACGACCGGGCCUUCGUGCCAGCAGCCAGGCGGCUCACGGGGAAGGACAAGGGCGUCACGGAGCUGCAGAGGGUCGGCGCCGGCCUCGCCAUGCCGGUGCUCGCCAUGGCCGCCGCCGCGCUCGUCGAGACGCAGCGGCUCCGCGCGGCGAAGGCGGAGGGGGCGAAGACGAAGAUUAGCGUGCUGUGGCAGGCGCCGCAGUACGCGCUGGUGGGCGUGGGCGAGGUGCUCACCACCAUCGGGCAGCUCGACUUCUUCUACGGCCAGGCGCCGCCCGCCAUGAAGACGCUGUGCACGGCGCUCGGGUUCCUCGCCGUGGCGGCCGGGGGAUACCUCAGCUCGUUGCUGCUCACCGUCGUGCAGUGGGCCACGGCCACCGGCGGCCGGGCCGGGUGGAUCCCUGAUGACCUCAACGAGGGCCACCUGGAUCGCUUCUUCUGGAUGAUGGCCGGGCUGGGCUGCUUGAAUCUGACGGCGUUCGUGAGCUGCGCCACGAGGUACAAGUACAGGAAGGCUUGAUUAAUCUUGAGUAGUUGAGUGUUGUCAGUUCGUCGAUCUCCGAGGGCAUCGAGUUUUGUGCUGCGAGCAAUGCAUGAUGGCACACGUGAUGUGAUGCCAAUAUGCGGCAGAACAUUUCCUCGGGAAUCGAGAAACAUUUUCACGAAUAUGGACAUCGUUGAUGUACAGAACAAUUCGCUUUCAGAAAAGAAGGACAUGACCGCACUUGAUAC